UUCCUCUGCUUCGUGCUGGCCCAUCACUUCAUCGUGGCCACGGCGUGCCACGAGGCCGACUACGGGCAGCUCAUCCGCGACUACUGCCUGAGCCAGUUCCAGGCGAGCAUGGAGGCGCUGGGGCCGCGGCUCUGGUGCGACUGGGAUGAGACCCUGGGGACGUACGGCGAGCUCACCAACUGCACGGCGCUGCUGGCCGAGAAGUUGGCCUGCUACUGGCCCAACCGCCUGGUGGACGACUUCUUCGUGGCCGUGCACCGGCACUACUUCCGCAAAUGCUCGAAGUCGGGCCGCGCGCUGCGGGACCCCCCGGCCGGGGUGCUCUGCCCCUUCAUCGCAGGCCCCGUCCUCGUCACGCUGCUGGCCACGGCGCUCGUCGUGUGGCGCAGCAAGCGCAGCCAGGGCAUGGUGUAG